CUUCUCUACCCUACUAUGCGAGUCAUGCUUGACUGACAGAGCGUGGCGUGGAUGAAAGCAUCGACCAUUGGAGGAACGGCCUGAAAGCAGAUCAUCGUCGCCUAGGCUUGUGUUCCGGCCGUAGGGAGUGUUUGUCGGAAGUGCGAAGCGCGCCUCCACGUCGCUCGCAGCUGAUUGCCUGGAAAUUUGGGUGCCUGAGCCACGACCCCUUGCCGCCUUCCUCUAAACAGCCUCCCGUCCCUGCUCAUCGUCACCUUCCUCACUCACGUAGCAAUUCGAUGCUAGCAUAUCCUCUCCAUAACAUUGUCCCCAUUCCGACAUAGAGUUCUUGCCCUGAGCGAUCGACUCCCACCUACGAAGCUCAAAUCUCGGUCCUGUGGCGUACGGCCGCGGCGCAUCUGCCUCCGAUGGUGGCGAUGAGAAGCAGAACGACAUGGUCUCGCAAGAUCCAGGCUUGGGCAAUCCUGACCGCAUCCGCCGUCACCUUAGCGCUACUUAUCGGCACUGGAUCGUACUCCAGCCUCGCUGUAGCUGCCACUUCACCCUCAGCACGGCGCCCGAAUGUCCAGUUCCCCAUGCUCAGCGACCCCUCUCGCGGAACCCUAUUAGAAGACGUUCUGUCCGCGCCCCUAUCUUCCAGCGGCGACGACAUCUGUAGACCGACCGGCCAGAUCCACGAUGCCUGCUGCGACUAUGAGACGGUAGAGAAGAGGCUCAACACACCCAAGUUCUACCAGACGCUGAGGGAACUGGUGGAGACAAAUUACUUUAGGUACUACAAAGUGGAUCUCUACCGGGAUUGUCCGUUCUGGAGUGAGAAUGGACUGUGUAUGAAUCAAGCCUGCGGGGUAGAAAAGGCUAGCGAGGAUGAAAUUCCAGAAGAGUUCCGGUCUUCUCAGCUGUCCUCUGUAGCGGCAGCUGACCGUUCGGAGGUCAUCUUCCAAGAUGAUCAGAAGAAGACGUCAGGUAGAGAUACUUCUGCUGAUCCAUACGCUCCGCCAGAUAGCUGUGUAUGCCGCGAGACCGACUUCUGCCAUUGGGAAGCUGAGGAGUUUUCUCCCGAAUCCACUUGGGUCGACCUGAUAAAGAACCCGGAGCGUUUCACUGGAUACGCGGGACCAGGAGCCAAUCGAGUCUGGAAGGCCAUCUACGAAGAGAACUGCUUCGGCGCGGUACCCAAAGGCUCAUUCUUGGAGCCUCCGCGGGCGAAGUCUAGCGGCGGAGGCACAGGUUUCGUGGACAAGAGCAGUCUCACUGGUAGCUCAAAGGGUGGCGCUGCCUUUGGCUUCUCGCCUCCAGGACUGAGCAACCUCAUGCCUUCUUUGCAAGCUCCUUCCGACCCAGCAGCCAAUGAGCAGUGCCUAGAGAAGCGCGUCUUCUACCGCGUCAUCUCGGGCCUACACGCUUCCAUAUCCACUCAUAUCUGUUCCGACUAUCUGGAUCAAAAGAGUGGAGAAUGGUCGCCUAAUCUCGAAUGCUUCGUUUCGAGGAUAGCUCAACAUCCCGAGCGGCUGCAGAACGUAUACUUCAACUACGUCCUUCUAGUGCGAGCGUUGGCCAGAGCCGGGGAAUACCUUACCAGCUUUAGGCUCAAGAAGGGUCAUGCCAUUCCCGUCUCAGAACAACGCACCCUCACCCUACUAGAGUCCCUCGUAUCGCAGGCCAAUCAGUGCCCGCCGACCUUCGAUGAAGCGUCCAUGUUUCAGGCUUCAAACCCGGAGGCGCCCAUGCUUAAGCAGCAGUUCAGAGACUCUUUCCGGAACAUCUCUUCCAUCAUGGACUGUGUGGGAUGCGACAAGUGUCGCUUGUGGGGCAAGAUGCAAGUCAAUGGUCUAGGCACGGCCAUGAAGAUUCUCUUCUCCUUUGAUGAUGAAGACCUUGUGGACGUCGAGAAGAAUCCUGCUCCGUUGCUCGAGAGGAGCGAGCUCGUAGCUUUGAUCAAUACCUUGCAUCGCUUCGCUGAAAGUCUGAAUGCGGUCGAGACUUUCAGGCAGAUGUACCAAAGAGAGCUCAAGGGAGAGUCUUUGGCUACGCAUGGCGAUGGAAGCAAAUCGGAGGCGCACGAUGACACGCAAUCGCAGCACAAAGCUACAAACUCCCCUGUCGGGCCUCUGCAGACAGCAGCCGAGGUCGAGUCAGAAGUGCCUGAUACACUACCCUCUGACACUCAAGAUGACUGGAAAGCAAGAGUGGUGCCCAAUGGCAGUCAGGAGACACCGGCCAAGACGAUCAAGGAAGAAGCUCGCAGAUCGAGUCGUGACACUGCUGGUAGCUUGACUUUGUUGGCAAAAGAAUGGGUGCAACACUUCGUCAGGUCUACUUCCCGCACCCUCGAUGCCUGCAGAUCCUCCCUCGUCCGAUGCGUGGACUGGUUGUACAGUCCUGAGGAGUCUGUCACGCGGAGUGGGCAUGGGCAAGGCCUCGAGGAGAGCCGGCGAGGUAAUCUUGAUGGGCCCAAGGCGGAACUCUGAAGUUUCGAGAAUAGACGGCAUAUUGAGCCUCCUGUCACCUUUAUCAUUGUAUAUGCAUUUCUCCAUGGCGAUCAGAGCCAUACACUUAUACCGUACCAGUAUCUCGAUUCGCUCC